AUGCUCCCUGGAUGGGUCCCUACAGCCGAAGAGAUAUUUCUCUUCUCAUCCCUUCUUGGCCUGUGCGUUGCCUUUGUGACAAUUCUUGCGACAAGCAACCCUAAACAACCUGCAAAGGUGGUCUUUGGGGACUGGGUCAAUGCCACUGGAUGGCCCGAUGGCCUCGCAUUUCUUCUUGCCAGCGGGCAGGCAAUGUAUGGAUUUCUGGGCUUGGAUGGAGCCACCCAUAUUGCUGAAGAAAUGCCGAACCCCGAGCGCACAGUUCCCAAGGUCAUUUCCCUCAUCAUGAUAAUUGGAACUGUCACUACCAUCCCGUGGAGCAUCGCUCUCCUGUUCAGUACCAACACUCUCGACAAGGUCUCAGUGGCAACCAUUCCUAUCUUUGAAGUGUUUAUGCAAGCUAUACACUCUCAAGCCGCUGCUACUUUCUUCGCCGUCUGGAUUUGCUUCAUCUACUACGGCGCCCUCAUCAGCUGUUACGUUACCUCUGGUCGUCUCAUCUGGGCCUUCUCCCGAGACGGCAGCCUUCCAUACUCUCACAUUUUCAGCAAGAUUCAUCCCACUUUCCAAGUGCCCAUCAAUGCUACUGCCCUGGCGGGAGUCUUCAUGAUCGUGUUUGGGCUGCUGUACGUGGCGUCCACGGCGGUAUAUAACAGCAUAAUUGGUCUCGCUAUCAUGUCAACCAAUAUUACUUGUGCCGUAUGGCAGGCCAUACUCAUCAUCCGUGGGCGAAGCAUCAUGCCCAAGCGAUACUUCAACCUUGGGAGGAUUGCUGUCACCUUUUGCAAUGUGUUUGCUUCAUGCUACGCGCUGCUAUUCACCGUCCUUUUCUGUUUCCCUCUGUCUCUCCCAGUCACUGCUGAGUCGAUGAAUUAUCAAUCUGUUGUGCUUGUAGGAACUCUUCUCUUUAUUACCGUCCUUUGGUGGAGCGGCAAGAGGAAAUCAUUCCACGGCCCUGUUCUCGAUGCCGAGUAUUAUAUAGUCUGUCAUCAACAUGAGAUGUUGUUAAAGGAAAAGUAG